GCUCAACAUGUAUCAGCUUGAGGAGUAUCUUUAACCAUAAGCUCCGGUGUACUGAUAAUACGGUCUUCGAUACAGCUGAUAAAAUUUACCGUUAGAACAAACGUUCGUAUUCGCGAACUCGAAUGGUGCUGGUGCUAGUAUCAGUAUCGCCGAACAACGUGCUCCGAGUAACACGUGCUUCGUAAUUACUUCCACCACCAUUCGGUGUUCCGAUUUCGGUGUGCUCGGUUCUGUGGAUUACGCAAUAUUCUCGGCGAACUCGAAAUGUUGAUUCAUUCUGCGUUCGAAUGUUAAAAAUUACUGGCAUUACUCGGGUUCGAUACGAAGUAAGUAAUAUAAUUAGAACAAUACUAGACCGAUGCGACAUUUUUCUGUAUUACUAUACGAUGAUAACUUAUUCUACAUUCUGAGUUGAUAUUUGAUAUGUUCGAUGGUUUUUUCAAUACCUAUUAUGUAAUUCGUGCGUUUGAGCUUUGUAGUCGUUUACUUAAUCGUCGGUUGAACUUAUUGAACCGAAAGUGCCGCAAAUAUUCGAUAUAAAUUGUUUCCAGUGAUAACGUUCGUGUGCAGUACGUGGAUUAAUUAUUCCUGUGACUGUGUACAUCUAGAACCGAAGUAUGUAAAGCUAAGUCAAUAGCUAAUUUAGCAGAUUGAUGAGCUGAAUACUGGUGUUCGGUUCCAGUUGUGCUUAUACUCGUGCAGUAGUGUUUUUUUUCGAUCGAAUAAUAUUCCGGCGACAAUAUGCCCGAAGAGAAGCAACCCCCUGAUGGAGGUACUCGUGCGUACAUCGUGCUUUUUGCCAGCUUCCUGUGUAAUGGAUUAAUAUUCGGUAUCGUUAAUUCAUACUCGAUCAUCUAUAAUGAAAUAUACAAGAAUUAUACCGAAAAUAAAAUGGAUAAUGCGGCUGCUAAAGCUUCUUUGAUUGGUUCGUUAAUGAUUGGUACCACUUUCCUACUUUCAAUGGUAUCUGGAAUGGUCAGCGAUCGUAUUGGUAUCAGACCUACAACCUGCAUUGGCGGAUUUAUAAUCACCUGUAGUUUAUUAAUAUCGUCAUUUUACAUUGAAAAUGUAUAUGUUCUCAUCUUCUCUUGUGGUAUUAUGUAUGGUAUUGGAGCAUCAUUGACGUACAUUCCGUCUCUAACUAUUAUCGGUCAUUAUUUCAAGAAGAAUAUCGGUCUAGCGAAUGGAUUCGUGACCUUGGGUAGUUCAGUAUUCACCAUUAUUAUGCCGUUCCUUUUAGAUUACCUUUUGAAGACAGUUGGCCUGAAUACCUGCUUCAGGUACCUGGCAGCGUUGUUGAGUUGUUUGAUGUUAUGCUCGUUCGCAUUCAAACCACGUUUCCAGUCUCCUCUGACGAAAAAGAGCAUUCAAGACGAUACCAGCGAAGCGUAUUUCGCUAAUUUCCUCAACAUCAGUAUAUGGAAAAAUCCCAGAUACGUUUUGUGGAUUGUCGCAGUUCCUAUCGCAUUGUGCGGAUAUUUUGUGCCCUACGUGCAUAUGGCUAUGUUUAUCCGUAAGAAUUUUAAAGGCGAGAAUGAAAAGUUACCCGUCGUGUGUAUUGCCAUCACAUCCGCCAUUGGCAGAAUUCUUUUUGGUAAAUUGUCAGAUUUGAAAGGAGUCAAUAGUAUAAUUUUGCAACAGCUAUCAUUCGUAGUCAUCGGAAUCGUAUCGAUCUUGACGCCGUUCAUAAAAAAUUACACGUUACUUUUGAUGGCCAUAUUGAUCAUGGGUUUGUUUGAUGGCUGUUUUAUUACUGUCGUGGGUCCGAUCGCGUUUAAAUUCUGUGGCCCGAAAGGAGCCGGACAAGCUAUCGGAUUCCUACUUGGAUUGAUUUCUAUUCCUAUAACUAUUGGACCUACAGUUGCAGGGGCAAUAUACGAUCAGACUAAAUCGUACACGUUACCAUUCAUAUUAGCCGGUAUUCCACCCUUCAUAGGAGCCGCCAUGAUGACCAAAAUCCAUUUCAUGGAAUCGGCCGAAGACGAAAUCGAAUGCGUCGAAUCGAAGGAAUCCUCUGAAAAGAAACAACUGACGAGUGACGCAAUCAAUACCAAGGAAACGGGGAAAAUUGCAGACGUGUGAUUAGUAUUGAAACGAGUAUUAUAUUUAAGUAAUACAUCAUUUUUCUCAUUCUUGCUUUCUCAUUGAACAUAUUUUAUACGUCUCAAGAAAAAGCUGCAGGAAGAUCUCAAUACAUAUUUAUAUUCUCGUUAAACUAUUUGUAUGUUUUUAAAUUAUUGAACGAAUAAUUUGAAAUGAGAAAAAAAACACGAAGACAUCGAUUCGAAACAUGACAAUAAUAAAUACGUAAUUUACGCUGUGGUUUACUUCAA